AGCUUCUCCAAACCUCCAAAUUUCCAAAACUGUGUUCACUUUUAAGCUUCUCGAGCUUCUUCUUAGGCUCUUUAGGCUGGUCCGAAUAGACUCUUAGAAACUUCCUUAUCAUCUGCUCUUUGCUCCUUCUUAUACGUAAGAAGAGAAAGGACACUACUUCUUCGAUGCCAUUAUGGCAUUGCCAAGCCAAUUAACAGCGUUGCUGUCGUUUCUUCUUAUUUCCUUAUUCCCUAUCUUGUCGGUAUGCGAGGCGCAAGGUGAAGGUGUUCUCAACGCCGAGAUUGGUCGUCUGAACAACCAAAGCCUAUUAUGGGGUCCUUAUCGUCCAAACCUGUAUUUUGGGGUUCGGCCUAGAAUUCCAAAAAGUGUGACGACUGGUCUUUUAUGGGCAAAAGUUGAUAACUAUGUCGAUGUUCAGAACAGCUUCCGAUACACAUGUGAGCAGAAUGAGGGAAUGGCUGGUUAUGGCUGGGAUGAGUACGAUACUCGAAAAGGUGGUGUCCAGCAUAUUCACGAUGCUGGGAACAAAAUCGACAUCACCACCGAAUUUGUCAAGAUCCCCGGUGGCGGUCACGGUGGAAGCUGGGCAGCCCGGAUCAAGGGUGAGCCUCGAGAUGAUGCACCCCUUGGUCUCAAAACUACGGUCUUAUUCUACGUUGCCUCUGAGGCUCUCGGUGACACCGUUGAGGUCGGCAAUGGCGAUGAUACCGGAUUCGAAGGCGAUGUGACCUUUUUGGGCAAAUCCCAGUCUCUUGGGGACUUUAAGUUAGUCGUUACUAAGGGUAAGGGUGAGCACCCCAUCAGCGCUCAUCCUAUAUCGGGUAAAAGAGACCUCGAGAAGACUAUCGUGCAAUCGUUAAGCGUUCCUGAGGAACACUUAUGGCAGGCCAAGCAGCUAUUAUUCCAACAACUCAAGGCCGGUGUAGAUGAGAUUAUUGCGGAAUACGGAGCUGACAAUGCACCACCACCCUGGCAAGUCUAUCUGCUCGCACACAAGCCCAACCCUGGAAACAUGCAUCUUGUCCAGAAGGUGUUCGAGGGACCUUUCGAGUUCGAUAUUCUCUUCUCGAGUGGCUCUGCCGGCGCAGAAACUACAAGCGAGGAUUUGACCCGAGAGAUCAAGUCAACAACGGAAUCAUUCAAUGAGCGCUUCGCGGAUGUCUUUGCUCCCCAGGCCCCCUUCAAUGCCGACAAGUACCGCAGAUUUGGACAAAGCAUGCUCUCCAACCUUGCGGGAGGUAUAGGAUACUUCUACGGGAAGCAUGUCGUUGAUCGAUCAUAUGCUCCCGAAUAUGAUGAGGAGAAUGAAGGUUUCUGGGAGGAGACUGCCGAAGCUCGCGCUCGCAGACAGGAGCAGCUUGAGGGACCUUACGAGCUGUUCUCUAGCAUUCCAUCUCGUCCCUUCUUCCCCCGUGGAUUCCUGUGGGAUGAGGGCUUUCACCUUCUCCCAAUUGCUGAUUGGGAUAUUGACCUGACCCUCGAAGUUGUGAAGAGCUGGUACAACUUGAUGGACGAGGAUGGUUGGAUUGCGCGAGAGCAGAUCCUGGGUGACGAAGCCCGAAGCAAGGUGCCUCCCGAGUUCCAGGUUCAGUAUCCUCACUAUGCCAACCCUCCGACCUUAUAUCUCGUCCUUGAGGUCUUCACGGAGAAGUUGAUGAAGACGAACGGCAGCCAGAGUACGGGUAAAGAACAUCUGUCACCCAACACCGUCCUCGAGAGCGCUCAUGUGGACAACCCUGAAUUGGGCAUUGAGUACCUACGCAGUCUGUACCCUCUACUCCGACGUCAAUUCUUAUGGUUCAAGAAGACCCAAUUCGGCGACAUCAAGGGAUAUGACCGAGAGGCCUAUUCUACGAAGGAGGCUUAUAGGUGGCGCGGACGAUCCGUCCAGCACAUUCUCACGAGCGGUCUCGACGAUUAUCCCCGACCUCAACCCCCUCACCCCGGCGAGCUGCAUGUAGACUUGAUGUCUUGGAUGGGUUUGUCGGCUAAAGUACUAGCAAAGAUUGCGGAUUUUGUCGGUCUUCCCGAAGAUGUGCAGGAGUACAACAAGGCCCUCGACGGUAUCUCUCACAACCUGGUAGAUCUACACUGGUCUGAGUCCGCCGCCGCCUUCUGCGAUGCCACCAUUGAUGACUUUGAGGAGCACACCUUGGUUUGUCACAAGGGCUACAUCUCUCUAUUCCCGUUCUUGCUAGGCCUACUAGAGCCCAACGACCCUAAACUUGGUAAAGUUCUCGACCUGUUAGGAGACGAAGAGGAGCUUUUCAGCCCCCACGGUAUCAGGAGUCUGAGCAAGAAGUCUGAGUUCUACGGCACGGAUGAGAACUACUGGAGGAGCCCCGUGUGGAUCAACAUGAACUACCUCGCCAUUAUCCAACUUCGAAACUACGUCCUAAACACGGGCCCCUACUCUUCAAAGGCCAAAGACUUGUAUGUCAAGCUGCGCAAGAACGUGGUCGAGACCGUGUACGACAGCUGGGAGGAGACUGGUUUUGCAUGGGAACAGUACAAUCCCGAGACCGGCAAGGGCCAGCGCACUCAACACUUCACAGGUUGGACCAGUCUCGUCGUCAAGGUAAUGGCUCUAGAUGAUCUGAGCUGGUGGACUGAGGGUAGCCAUGAGAGCCAUGAGCGAGAUGAGUUGUAGAAGUGUAGCUCUAGUCUAGUCUAGGGAGACUAAACUAACUAACAGAGACAAACUUAUAUUGACAACGUUAGUAGGUAGUCAAUAAAAAUUGACUAAUGAAGAGAUGGCUUAUGAUUCACCGCCCGCACUACCUUCUAGGUAGUACUUGAAUAAAAAGAGCAAAAGUUUCCGGACG